CUUGACACUACAUGGACGCAACUACAGUAUCGGGGUUUCCAGCCAACUGACUGCUGCCGUGUGUUGGAGGGGGGUCGGCUAAACCGGUUUACUUUCUGAAUACUGGCGACUCUCUGUACAGUGUAGAGACCCUCCCAUACACCCAUCCACUCACCCAUACACCCAUCCACUCACCCACAUACACACAGCCAUGUCUCCAUCAGUACCCCUGCAGGAGAUGAUCCGGGCCAUCCGGUCAGCCAGGACUCAGUGUGAGGAGCGGGGUGUCAUCCAGAGGGAGUGUGCAGCCAUCCGGGCACAGUUCAGACAAGCCGACAACGGGGCGCGAUCACACAACCUGGCAAAGCUACUCUACGUGCACAUGCUGGGCUACCCAGCUCACUUUGGUCAGAUGGAGUGCGUGCGGAUGAUAGCCAGCCCUCGCUACAGCGAGAAGCGUGUGGGAUAUCUGGGAGCCAUGAUGCUGCUGGAUGAAAAGCAAGACGCCAGCCUGCUCAUCACCAACUCUAUCAAGAAUGACCUGUCUCACAGUAACCAGUAUGUACAGUCUCUGGCUCUGUGCACACUGGCCUGUAUGGGUUCAGCUGAGAUGUGCAGAGAUCUGGCCCCGGAGAUUGACAGGCUGCUCCGAGCAUCCAACUCCUAUAUUAAGAAGAAGGCGGCUCUGUGUGCGGUUCACAUUGUGAGAAAAGUCCAGGAUCUGGGGGAGCUUUUUGUCCCAGCCGCCCGCUCCCUCCUCUCUGAGAAGAACCACGGUGUGUUACAUGGUGCUGUGGUACUCAUCACAGAGCUGUGUGAGCGCAAUCCGGACACACUGGAGCGGUUCAGGAAGACAGUGCCAGAUCUGGUUCAGAUCAUGAAAGGUCUGGUCAUUUCCGGUUAUUCUCCAGAGCACGAUGUGGCAGGAAUCAGUGAUCCCUUCCUACAGGUACGCAUCUUGAGGUUGCUGAGAAUCCUCGGUCGCAACAACGAAGCAGCCAGCGAUGCCAUGAACGACCUACUUGCUCAGGUGGCGACCAACACAGACAGCACUAAGACUGUGGGCAACGCUGUUCUGUAUGAGACUGUUCUCACUGUGCUGGACAUCAAGUCUGAGAGCGGCCUCAGAGUCCUGGCCGUGAACAUCCUGGGAAGAUUUUUGCUGAACAACGACAGGAACAUUCGGUAUAUCGCCAUGACCUCUCUUCAGAAGAUUGUCGGGACAGACCACAAUGCGGUGCAGCGCCACAGGGGAACCAUAGUGGACUGCCUGAAGGACCAGGACGCUUCCGUCAAGCGCCGUGCAUUGGAGCUCUCCUUAGCUCUGGUGUCUCCCUCCAACAUCCGCUCCAUGAUGAAGGAGCUGCUCCUCUUCCUCUCCUCCUGCCCACCGGAGCUCAGAGCUCACGCUGCCAGCGGCAUCUUCAACGCAGCUGAAAGGUAUGCACCCUCCCAGCGCUGGCACAUUGACACUAUCCUGCAUGUCCUCACCACGGCAGGGGGCGACGUGAGAGAUGAAACCGUGCCCAACCUGAUCCAGCUCAUCACCAACACCUCCGAGCUGCACUGUUACACCGUCCACAAGCUCUACCGGGCUCUGCUCGCCGACAUCUCUCAGCAAUCCCUGGUGCAGGUGGCCUGCUGGUGUAUAGGAGAGUAUGGAGACCUGCUGCUGAGAGGAGAGUGCCAGGAGACUGAGCCUGCACAGGUCACCGAGGACGACGUCCUGGACGCCUUGGAAACAGUCCUGCAGUCUCACAUGUCGUCCCCAGCGACCAGAGGCUUUGCUCUCACCGCCACCAUGAAGCUGAGCACACGCAUCACCGAUAACGUGGAUCGGAUCAGAAGCAUCGUCAGCAUCUACGGCAGCUGUAUAGAUGUGGAGCUCCAGCAGAGGGCAGUUGAAUACAACGCUCUGUUCAAAAAAUAUGACCACAUGAGGGCAGCAGUGCUGGAGAGGAUGCCUGUCAUUGAAAAGAACUCACCGGGUCAUACCAACGGAGAGUCGGCAGGGGAAACCACGAAGGAGGUCCAGCCCGUCAAAGUCAAGCAGGGAGAGCCACUGCUGCCACAACAACCUGCUAACCAGGUGUGUGACCUCUUGGACCUGCUCGGUGGCUCUGAGGAGCCUCUGCAGCCCAGUCCAGCACCAGGUCUGCCCACCAACACAGCCAGCACUGCAGGAGGAGACCUCCUGGAUCUGCUGGGAGGGUUAGAGCCAACGCUCCCUGCACCGGCUCCCACAGUGACGGUGUAUGAGAAAGACGGUGUGACUUUGACACUGAGCUGUGAGAAAGAGUCAGACUCGGGCCUGACAGUCACACUCACAGCCUCCAACUCCACUGACUCAGACAUCAGCGGCUUCACCCUGCAAGCUGCCGUACCCAAGAGUGUCCAGUUACACAUGAAGGCCCCCAGCGGGGACUUUCUGCCUGCACGAGGCGCAGCUAAGGUGACUCAGACGGUGGUCCUCAACAACCCAAACAAGGUGAACCUGAAGAUGAGGAUCCGUGUAUCUUACACCAGCCGAGGAUCAGCCUUUCAGGACACAGUCCAGAUUGAUUCCUUCCCAGGACUCAGUGAUGCCGGACACUGACAGCAGUUAGUCAGUCCAACUGGACCAUGACAGCAGUCUGCAGAUGAGUCAGCAGGCGUCACCCUCACUGACAGUCUAGAGUCCAAGCUGCUGUUUCUCAAAUACCCAGCUUUAGUUGGUGUUUUUUUUUUAUGGUUGAAAAAAAAAAAAAAAAAAAAAACACCGUUCUUUGACAGGAAAUCACAGCCUUGUGUAUGGAGUCACAGUCUUCCCCUCUCCUGGAACUCAAGUAUAAAUGUGAUUAAUGACACCAGCUGUGGAAUAUGCAGGUAGAAGAUGGAAGUACUAAAACAGUGGUAUUUUUUUCUAGGUUUUAAAUGAUGACUGUCCAUACCAGUGUCCAUUAAGUACCAUCCAGUUUGUUUGUUUUUUACAAGCUACUCCAGCUGAUUGUAUUCACAAUGUUUCACUCCAUGAUUAUGCCCCCCCCCCCCCCCCCCCCGCUCUCCAUGUACACUCCAACACUAAGUGAUUUCUCACUUUUCCUUGAUUUGCCUCUAACUUCUUCACUCAGUUGAAAAGCAGCUCAACACUAAUGAGCCACUACUGCUAAUAUGAAAUUCUUUUAUCCACAACACUUGAUUUUUAUGCGGAAACACAAGGAUGUGAAUUUGAAUCUGAAGAUUUUAAACACAGCCGUGGGUCUUGCAUUCAGUCUUCUGUUCCUGCCUCAGUCAGCUGAGCAGCUCACACUCUCUGAGUUUCCACUUCCUAAUUAUUUCCCCUGUGCCUUUCAUCCCCUCAAGAACUGAGGUUUUCUUUAAAAAAAAAAAAAAAAGUAAUUAUAUUUAAUUUUGAAGGCUAAGAAAUUAUUUUAAA